AUGGAACUUAGUGGAAACGGAGCUUUAGCAGGGCAUAAAAAUCAAAUAGGAAGCGAUCUAACUCAAAUUGGACCUCCUCUUGAAAUUACUUUGAAUCAAUCAGAUAUAAACCCAAAUACAAAUUCCUCCAAUUUCAAAUUUUAUUUGUCUUAUGCUGCAAUUUUAAUUUUAUGCAUUUUAUCAAUAAUUCUGAGCUAUAGUGAUCAAGAAAUAAAUGCAAGCGCAUUUAUUUUUGGUGUUAUAAUUCUUUCUGCUAGUCUUGCAUUAUCUACUAUUGCUUUUAUCCUAGAAUUAAAAUAUGGAUCUGACCUUCUUGAUAAGUGAUUAUUGAUAAAUUGGAUAUAUUUGGUAUCAGGAAUUACUAUAAUUCUCUCAGAUCCUAACACUUUUACAGUAAUUAUGCAAGAAAAUGACUGCAAAGGCUACCUCCCCAGUCUUUCUGCAAUUAUCGUAUUGGCGAUUGCUGCUCAAGAAAAAAUGAAAAAUAAAGCUAGCUUUAUUAUAAUCAGCAGUAUCCUUGCAUUUAUUUCUUUGUUUUUAAACAUGAUGGGAAACCAAAGUACAAAUUUAACGAUCUUUCAGUUUUUUUGUCUAUUAAUAGUGCUUGGGUACCUAAUUCUGGCUCUUAAAGAACAGAAAAAUAGUAAAGUCCAUUAUUUAGAAGUUGCAAAAGAAAGCCAAAGUUUUGCGAUUUCUGAAUCUGACUUAAGGACUGAUGGGGUUAUACAUGGAGCUAAAAAGCAAGCAGAUACAGCCAUUGAAGAAAUUGUAGAUGCAAUAAAUUCUUCAAUAGAGUCUUUGAGCAUCAUAAAAGAUUCUAAAUUCCUCUAAUAAAACUAGGCUAUUUUUCUUUAUUUAUAUAUUUUAUAUUCCUAAAUUCAGAAAAAAAAAUUCACUUCAUAAAUUAUAUUUGUAAAUAAGCAUCUAAAAUAGAUUUAAAAAGAGCGAUUUUAUUAUAACUAUUAAAACAAAAAUUAAUGAAGAAAGAUUGACUCUCUUGGGAAUCGUAACUGUAAAAAUUAAAGCAAAGCUUACUUCUCUCUGAAGGAGUAAAGAUUUAAAAGCCAAAGAACAAGCUGUUAUUUCUAUGAGUAUCUUAAAAUCAAUUUUAGCGAGGCUUACUCCCACCCCGUGAGUGAAAAAACAAUUGGAAAAAUCCCUAUUUCCACUCUAUGAGAGCAUAAAAUAUUUUAAAAAAAAGAUACAUAUUGGCAAUUAGUAUAAUGAAAUCUCUAGCUAUUGUGUUUAAUUUUAAAUAAAUUCCAUUUUAGAACAUAAAUUUUACAAGUUAAAUAAAUAUUUUGCUUUCCAAUUAGGAUUUGUUUAAAUUUCAAACAAAAAAUUUCUAAAAUUUAUAUAUAAAAAAAAUUAAUCCCUCCUUGCAGACAAAACUUUUUGUUCGCUCACAGAGGGAUGAAUUAGAAGAAGUACAAAUAUUUAUUAUACAAAUAUAGAAAAUAUUACAAAAGGUUUAGAUGAGCAAGACAAAAUUUAUUUUGAGCAAACUUUUAUAUUAUUUUUUAGCAGAAUUUGGAAUAUUGCAUACAAAAAAGGCAAGGGAAUAAGAUUAAUUCAAAUAGUAUAUCUAAAAGAGGCGGAACAAUUUAUAGUCUUCCGCCAAGGCAAAAAUCUUUAAUAAAAUUAGACUCUAUAUACGGAGUUGCAGAACUUCAAGGCGUUUUAAACCAAAUCGGUAGAGAAUGAAACUUUAACACGUUUUUUGUUAAUGAUUGUUCUGGAGGUCGGCCUCUUCAGACCUGUGGGUACUAUGCAAUAGUAAAAUAUGGCUUAAAAGACAUUUUUAAUAUAUCCGAAAAAACUUUGACUACCUUUUUAGAAGUAAUAGAAAGUCGCUAUAGCAAUCAAAAUCCUUACCACAAUUCCUGUCAUGCCGCUGAUGUAAUGUGCUCAUAUAUAUACAUAGUUUUCAAUACUUUUAUUAUUGAAGAAAUCAAUAGUUUAGAACUCCUAGCAGGAAUUAUAUACAUAUUUAUAUAUAUAAAAUCCUAAUAUUCUUUUUUAUAAACAUAAGGAAAAUAAUAAUUCUAUGCCCUACUUUUUAUCAACAAAAGCAUAACUUCUAUAGGCCACGACGUCGGCCACCCAGCUAAAAGUAAUCGUUUUCUAAUCCAGACCAUGGACGAUUUAGCUAUCCAAUUCAACGACAUCAGUGUCCUCGAGAUGCACCACGCUUCCAUAAUUUUCAAAAUCCUAAAAGAGAACGCUUCAGAAAUAAUAAAAUCAAUAGACCCUGACAGAUGGUCCUUGGUAAGAAAAAUGAUUAUCGAAAUGAUUUUAUCCACAGACUUAGCAAAACACUUUGAAAUUGUCAGCCAUUUUAAAGCAAAAUAUUUGGCCAUAAAUGAAGUCCAAGAUAUGAACGACCCUGAUUUUCGGCUUGAUUUAUUUAAAAUGACUAUAAAAGUAGCUGAUGUAGGACAUGCUGCCAAAAAGAGGGACUUACAUGCAAAAUGGUGCGCGCUGGUGAUUCAGGAAUUUUUCGAGCAAGGCGAUGUGGAAAAAUCACUGGGGAUACCGGUUUCGAUGUAUUGUGAUAGAGAAGUGACUGAAAUAGCGAAAACACAGAUAGGGUUUAUUAAAAAUAUUGUGGGGCCUUUGUAUCAGACUUUUUAUAUGUUUAGGCCGUCAGUUAGUAUAAAGGAAAAAAUAUUGGUGCAGCUGGAAGAAAAUGAAGUUUUCUGGAUGUCACAUAAUUUUCCGAAUAGGAGACAGACGUCAAUAGAAGCACCACAGGAUGAAAAUAUGGAGGAAUACGAAAGGCUUUUUAAGUCAAUACAACACAGCAGAAGAGGAAGCUUGCCUGAACAGAAAUAUCUUUCUUAA